GAAUUCCAAGUAUAAAUAGGGCUUUUGCUACUAACCAAGAACCAUCAAUCAUUCCAAGAAGCAUAAAGAGAUUCAAAUAGGAAUUUUCUUUAUAAAAAGUUUAAUCGCUGAUAUUUGAUUUGAUUUAUUUACAUAUUCUAAAAAGUAUACAAGAUGGUGAACCAAGUUUCCAAGACUGAAGAUUUCAAGGCCGUUAUUGCCCAAAACAAGCUUGUCGUUGUCGACUUCUUUGCUACCUGGUGCGGUCCUUGCAAGGCUAUUUCUCCUAAGGUCGACCAAUUUUCCAAGACCUACAGUGACGCCGAAUUCAUCAAGGUCGAUGUUGAUGAAUUGAGCGAAAUCGCUGCUGAAGCCGGUGUUCAUGCCAUGCCCUCCUUCUUCCUCUACAAGAACGGCCAAAAGAUUGCCGAAGUCGUUGGUGCCAACCCUGCCAAGCUCGAGGCUGCUAUCAAGGAAAACCUCUAAAUGUAAAAUGAGCUGCAUCGUUUUCUGCUCUUGAACUGCGUUUAUGUUGUGAAAGCAUGGUCUUUCUCUUUAGGAACUCGUUUUUUUUUGUUAAAUAUUUGAAUGAAUGAAUUAGAAUCUAUUCACUAUUACUUUUUUAGCGACAAUACUUGUCAUCGC